AUGCUCCCACUGCUGCUCUUGGCCCUGCUGUUGGGCGGGUCUCUGGCUCAGUUCCAGGGAUUCUCACUGCAAGUACAGAAGGUCGUGACGGUGCAGGAGGGCCUGUGUGUGCGUGUGCCCUGCACUCUCUCCUACCCCCCGAUUGGCUGGACGGAGGACACCCCCGCUCUUGGCUACUGGUUCCUCACCGGGACAGACUCGAGCAUCGGGAGGCCAGUGGCCACAAACAACCCGAAUCGAGCAGUGCAGACCGUGCCCCAGGACCGAUUCCAGCUCAUUGGCAAUCCCCAGAACUGGAGCUGUUCCCUGCUGAUCAGAGAGGCCCAGAUGGAAGACUCGGGAUUGUACUUCUUUCGGGUGGAGAGAGGCCAUCACGUGCAAUACAAUUUUGUGAGAAACCAGUUCUUUCUGCAAGUGACAGCCCUCACCCAGAAGCCAGAUGUCUACGUCCCAGAGAUCCUGGAGCCAGGACGUCCGGUGACAGUCAUCUGUGUGUUUAACUGGAACUUUGAGGAAUGUCCAGCCCCUACUUUCUCCUGGCUGGGGGCCGCCGUCUCCGCCCCAGGGCCCAGACCCAGGUCCUCCUACUUUUCAGUGCUUACUCUCACUCCGAGACCCCAGGACCACGGCACCCACCUCACCUGCCGCGUGGACUUCUCCAGGAAGGGUGUGAGCACAGAGAGAACCACCAGACUUAAUGUCGCCUAUGCUCCCAAAGACCUGGUUAUCAGCGUUUCCCGAGUCAACACGUCAGCCCUGGAGCCCCAGGGCAACAGCCCACAUCUGGAGGCCGAGAAAGGCCAGUUCCUGCGACUGCUCUGUGCUGCUGACGGCCAGCCCCCCGCCACGCUGAGCUGGGCCCUGGAGGACCGGGUCCUCUCUAGGUCCCACCCCGGGGGCUCUGGAACCCUGGAGCUGGUGCUGCUGGCGGUAAAGCCUGGGGAUUCCGGUGGCUACACCUGCCGAGCGGAGAACAGGCUUGGCUCUCAGAGCCGCACCGUGGACCUCUCUGUGCAGUACGCCCCAGAGAACCUGAGAGUGACGACCCUGUAUGCAAAUAGAACAGUCCUGGAAAACCUUGGGAAUGGCACAUCCCUCCCAGUCCUGGAGGGUCAAAGCUUGCGUCUGCUCUGUGUCACACACAGCAACCCCCCAGCCCAGCUGAGCUGGGUCCUGGGGGGACAGACUCUGAGCCCCUCCCAGCCCGCAGACCCUGGGAUCCUGGAGCUCCCUCAGAUACAAAUGGAGCAUGAAGGAGACCUCACCUGCCAAGCUCAGAACACACUGGGCUCCCAGCACGUCUCCCUGCAUCUCUCUGUGGUCUGCCCCCCGUGGCUGCUCAGCCCCUCCUGCUCCUGGGAGGGCGAGGGGCUGCGCUGUAACUGCUCCUCCCGAGCCCAGCCGGUGCCCAUCCUGCGCUGGAGGCUGGGGGAGGAGCUGCUGGAAGGGAACCAGAGCAAUGCCUCCUGGACCGUCACCUCCAGCUCUGCGGGGCCCUGGGCCAACAGCUCCCUGAGCCUCAGUGGGCCGCUGGGCUCUGGCCUCAGAGUCACCUGUGAGGCCUGGAACGUGCACGGGAAGCAGAGCGCCGCUGUCCUGCUGCUCCCAGAUAAGGGUCUCGUCUCACAAGCAUUCUCCUAUGGAACAUUUCUGGGAACUGGCGUCAUGACCUUUCUUUUCCUCUGCCUCCUCCUGGUCAUGAAGACUCUGAGGAAGAAUCAGACCCAGGCCGGGACUCCGGCCCAGGCGGGGAUGCCGCCGAGACCCAGGCCUGCACAGAGAAGCACAAUCCUGGACUAUAUCAAUGUGUUCCCUAACCCUGGCCCCCUGGCUCGGAAUCGGAAAGCCGCACAACGCAGUCCUUCCCGAGCCCCUCCUCCCAGUGCUCACUCCCUGGAAUUGAAGAAGAACCAGAAGGAGCUCCAUGUUGUUGCCCACACUUGUCCAGGACCCAACUCAUUCACUCAAGCCUCAGAAUCGCAGAAUAACCAAGAGGAGCUCCAUUAUGCUACCCUCCACUUCUCAGGCCUCAGACCACGGGAGACCCAGGAGCCCGAGGAUACCCACUCAGAGUACACAGACGUCAAGUUCCACUGAGGCUGUCUUGGGCUGUGGUGUGGCAGGGCUGGGACCCAGGUCAGGCAGAAUGGAGAGGGUGAGGAAAAUGAGCCACCAGUCAGUCUCUCUCUCUCUCUCUCUCUCUCUCUCUCUCUCGUCCUCCAAGGAUGGCUUCUCCCAUCCCAGACCUGAGCACACUAUUCUGAGAGGCAAGGAAAAGUCUUGGCUUUGCCACAGUUUCUCAAAGGUGGGAGGGCCUUUAAAGACGAUUAAACUACUGCUCUGUGAGGUCAGCAAGCUAACUUCAGAGGCUAAGUCUGGCCCUCUGCCUAACUUUGAGCCAGGAGUGCUUUUUACAUUUUAAAUAGUAGGGGGGAGGGGCACCCAGCUGGCUCAGUGGGAAGAGUUUGUGACUCUUGAUCUCUGGGUCCCAAGUGUGAGCCCCAAGCUGGGUGUAGAGAUUAUUAACCAUAAAAAUUUAAAAAAUAAUAAUCUUAAAAAAUAAGUGGUUGGGGGAAAUCAAAAGAGGAAAGAUGUUUUGUGAUGUGUGGAAAUGAUAUGAAAUUCAAAUCUCAGUGUCCAUAAAUAAAGUUUU